AUGACAGAAAGACUUUUAGAGAAGCUAACAGUCUUGGACGAAUAUUCAGAGAAGGUGAUGGCUAUGCGAACAUUGAAAUGUCGGGUGCAAAAUAUCAGUGUGAAGAAGAGUCUGCAAAUUCCCCUGAUCUUUGACUUCCACACGGGCUUUGAAAAGCCCUGUCCUAAAGCCAUUGCCUCCAAACUCAAAGAAUCCUGCCAAAGGGAACAGGCUGUGGUAGAAGGUCAAAAGAUGGACACCAAGUUAACCAGUGGUUUAAACAAAUGGAAGCCCAAACUCCUAACUUCUGGAUUUUUGCCCAGAAAGCGUCUCUUUGGGAAGGCAAAUGUAAGACCUUAUUCUGUUCCCGGAAACCUGAAAUAUCACCCUUUAGGUAAAAAGGGGAAUCUUUAUCAGGGAUUCAUACAAAUCCCCGACACAACUGGCAUUUUACUGAAGGAUGGUGUAAAAGUGAGGAAAAAGGUGAUUGCCCAAAAGGAUGCUACUUCACUGGGAAGAAGCAGGUGGUUCAAGAAUGCCCCUCCCACCAAACGCAAUAUAGAGAGUGAGACAACACAUUUGAUACCUCUGAGUAUUGAGGAUGAGCUGAACAGGCCGAACGCCAAGAUCAUCAACCUCAGCCAAUCUAAGCAAGCGGCUUCUUCCCCGAUACUGAGUAGCACAAAUCCCAUAAUUUUUCAUGAUACGGGAUAUGUACAAAUGUUUCUUUUGACCAGAAACAGGCAUUACAUGAAAAAUAAAGAAAAGCCAAGAACACUCUUAGACAAAUGGCAAAUAGAUGAUAAUACAAUAUCUCCUGGGGCAGAAAACUUGCUAAAAGAAGAGCCACAAAGAAAAAUGGAUUUCCCAUCAGUCCGAGUGGACGAUGAUGACUUUGAGGUCCACAGAGACAAAGUGAGAAGCAGCAGUGGGGAAAGGCUGGAUACUUCCUGGAUGCCUGUCUCCCCGAGCCAAAAGGACAGCAUUGAUUAG